GAGUGGGCCUUGACGUGGCAGAGUCGUAGAGAUUGUAAUUUUAUUUCCUUUGCGUAAUUGCUUCAAAGCUAUAUUGUCUAAGACUUUGGUGCAUUAACAACAUUAAAACGAUUACCCAGAAUUUCAAAUCAUGAUUCUGGAGUUGACAACAACGUUCUUGUUAGUUUGGAUAACUUGGUAUUUAAUAACGACAUACUUGGAAAGAAGAUUAAUGCCACCUGGGCCGUUUCCAUUGCCAGUCAUUGGUAAUAUGUUACAACAGGAUGUCAAGUCAGGAAAACCAUUUCAUAAACUUUCUAAGACGUACGGUGAUAUAAUGACAUUACAAUUACACACAAAGUGUGGAUUUGUGAACACUGCAUCACUUGCCAGAAAGGCAAAGAUUGAGUAUAAUAACGAUGUUGUAAGCAGAGAACAAGAUAUUCCUUUAUGUAAAGUACUGGGACCAAAUGAUGUUGUCUUUGCUGAAUAUGGAACAGCAUUCAUGUUCAGAAAAAGAGUAUUUAAGUCAGCAAUGCACGUGUUUGGAGCAGGUAUCAAGGCAGCACAAGAGGACUUCAUAGUAACAUGUACUUUGGAGCAAAUAAAAACAUUGAAAGAUCAACCAUUCUCUCCCCAAGAAAUUAUUGGAUCAGCUAUAAUGGUUCAAUUGAGGCAAUGGCUCACUGCCGAGAAAGUUUCUUUGGAUGAUCCAGUAAUAAUGAAUCUCCUCGAGUUUAGUGAUCUCGUUGCAAGAAAGAUUCCGUCAAUUUAUUUAACUUACUGCAUGAUACCGUUUCACUCCUAUCUGCCAACAAAGCUUUCCAAAUUUGUUAAACGAGGUCAAAAUAUAAAAUUCUCGAUACUUUCACCAGUUUUAAAAUCCCAUUUAGAAACUUACACACCUGGUACUAUCCGCGAUAUGGCUGAUAGUUUUAUUGAAGCAUACAAAAAGGAAGCGGCCAAAGAAAAUAAAAAAGAUAUUGGAUCCAUUGAAGAUAUCAAAGCUUUGAUGAUAGACGUCGCUUUUCCCGGUUCGGACACAACCUCUUCCUCACUAUCAUGGUUCAUAUUGUACAUGACUUUAUACCCUGAAACUUCACAAAAAAUUCAUGAAGAAAUUGUUCAUGCACUAGGGAAGGACAAAUUGCCGAGAAUGGAUGACGCCGACAACAUGCCUUAUCUUCAAGCCACCAUUUGUGAAGUAUUACGCAAGACCUCUCCAGUGUCAAGGGCAAUUACAGUGACAAUAAACGAUGUAACACUUGCAGGAUAUUAUAUUCCAAAAGGAACUACUCUCAUGGUCAAUAUACCAGAGGUUCACUUGGAUGAGCGAGAAUGGCGGGAACCACAUAAAUUCAAGCCAGAGCGUUUCUUAGACGAAAAUGGGAAAUUUGUUGGAUGGACAAAGUAUCCUGCAUUUAUGCCGUUUGGUUUAGGUCGAAGAGAAUGCGCCGGAAUAUCGUUUGCAAAGAUCAUGUUAUUUACGUUUACUGCAGCAUUAUUGCAACAGCUCAAGUUUGAGCUUCCUGAAGGAGCGGAAAGACCUGCAGAAGAUGGACCACAUUUGGGAAUUGUAAAUGGUCCGAAGAAUUUCUAUGUUAUCACAAGAAAAAGAAGAGCGUGCAAGGACUGUGUUGAAUAGAAAUAAAUUAACAGAAACGAUUUGUAUACAAGAGCGAUCUGA